CCCCCCUCCCUCCCUCCCUCCCGCUCUCUCCUCCGGCUCCUCCCCCUCACGCCCCGGCACCGAUUGUUGACAAAAGACGCCGAGCGCGGAGACGACGCGAGGGGGCCCCGUUAUCUUCCGCAGCGGUACCCCGGGACCACCCGAACGGAUCCACCCGGCCCACAACCGAGAGGGGGUAGACGCCAGCGAGACGGGAAGGUGUCGCAUGGAGACUCGCUUCUUCUUCUUCUAAGUCUUCGUCUUUCUUCUUCGUCUUGGACGCGAAGGUGUGGCCGAGGUGAUCCGCUUGUCGGUGCUGGUCUGACCGCAGAAGAGGGUGCCAGCCCCCGCCCCCCCACCCUGGAAGACAAAAAAAAAUUGACCACUAAAAAAACAAAAAAUGGGUCAAAUAUUGUGAGAGGAAGCGCCAGACAAGGAGGGAGGUCUCUUCAGCCCGGAAUGGUGUGAGCUGACGCGGCCAGGCAAGUCUGGAUCUGACCGGGGACCCGUCCUCCUUCCCGCGGAGCCUCCGCGGCUCCAAGCCGCGUCCCGAGCCCUCCAAGAUGGGCAAGUGCGACGGGAGAUGCACCCUGCUGGUCGUGUGCUGCCUGCAGCUGGUGGCCGCCCUGCAGAGGCAGGUGUUUGACUUCCUGGGCUACCAGUGGGCGCCCAUCCUGGCCAACUUCCUGCACAUCAUGGCCGUCAUCCUGGGCAUGUUCGGCACGGUGCAGUUCCGCUUCAGAUACCUCAUCUUUUAUGCAGUGUGGCUGGUGCUGUGGGUGGGCUGGAACUCCUUCAUCAUCUGCUUCUACCUGGAGGUGGGGAACCUGUCUCAGGACAGGGACUUUCUCAUGACGUUCAACACGUCCCUGCAUCGUUCAUGGUGGAUGGAACACGGUCCCGGUUGCCUAGUGACUCCCGUGCUGGACUCGCACUUGGCCCCCGACGACCACCACGUCAUCACCGUGUCCGGGUGUCUCCUCGACUACCAGUACAUGGAGGUGCUGAGUUCGGCCGUUCAGAUCCUGCUGGCGCUCUUCGGCUUGGUGUACGCCUGCUACGUCAGCAAAGUCUUCCAGGACGACGAGGACAGCUUCGACUUCAUCGGUGGAUUUGACUCGUACGGCUACCAGCCUCCGCAGAAGUCCUCGCACCUGCAGCUGCAGCCUCUUUACACCGCUGGUUAAUGGAUGCUGGCGCCCCCUUCAGGCCAAACCCCGACAGUGCCACUGUGGACGGACCACGAUGGUCGCCCUGAUUAGACUCUGAAGAAUGGACUUGUGUGUGUGUGUGUGUGUGUGUGUGUGUGUGUGUGUGUGUGUGUGUGUGUGUGUGUGUGUGUGAGGAAGAUGAAGAUCCCUGCAUGGAACUCAGGGAUGAAGCAGCGUGUCGGGACGGAGACAACGGGAGGGGGCGGGACUUAGACCAAGGAGCAGACAGCUCUUGUCCAAUCACCACUUCCUCACUCCCCACACGUGAGUGUCAUACAGUGUUUGUCACGGACCAAUCACCUUGCACGCUCCCGGCCGUGGGCGGAGUCACGGGAUGGAACAAAACUAAAGAAAAAGGGUCAUUUUUAGCAUUGUGGUGAUGUCAAACUAGAGCAGUCGUAACUUUCCUGCGCCCAAAGCCAUCUACUUCCUGUCCCUGUGGGCUUCCUGCUGGGGCGAUACGACUGAUGCCAAAUACGAUACCCACACAAAAAUACCAGAAGUGGGGCAAAAACCGAGGUAACUUGUGCGUGUUUUAAGUAGGGUUUUUUUUUUCCGAUCCGAUAUUGAUCAAUAAAAAUCAUCAAUAAAACAAGUGUGGCACGAUGUCAUCUUGAAUGUGAAAUGUGCAAUAUCAUGUGCGAUACAAGCGGUCCUGCGGCAUGUUGACUUGUGCCUGAUAUCAUGUACAAGCGGUCCUGCGCCGUCUUUACUUGUGUGAUAUCAUGUGCGAUACAAGCAGUCCUGCGGCGUGUUGACUUGUGCCUGAUAUCAUGUGCGAUACAUGCAGUCCUGCGGCAGGUUUACUUCUGUGUGACAUCAUGUGCGAUACAAGCGGUCCUGCGGCGUGUUGACUUGUGCCUGAUAUCAUGUGCGAUACAAGCGGUCCUGCGGCAUGUUUGCUUGUGUGAUAUCAUGUGCGAAACAAGCGGUCCUGCGGGGUGUUUACUUGUAUGUGAUAUCAUGUGCGAUACAAGCGGUCCUGCGCCGUGUUUACUUGUGUGAUAUCAUGUGCAAAACAAGCAGUCCUGCAGGGUGUUUACUUGUAUGUGAUAUCAUGUGCGAUACAAGCGGUCCUGCGGCGUGUGGACUUGUGUGUGAUAUCAUGUGCGACACAAGCAGUCCUGCGGCGUGUGUACUUGUGUGUGAUACCAUGUGCAAUACAAGCAGUCCUGCAGCGUGAUUACUUACGUGUGAUAACAUGUGCGAUACAAGCAGUCCUGCGGCAGGUUCACUUCUGUGUGACAUCAUGUGCGAUACAAGCGGUCUUGCGGCGUGUUGACUUGUGCCUGGUAUCAUGUGCGAUACAUGCAGUCCUGCGGCAGGUUUACUUCUGUGUGACAUGUGCGAUACAAGCGGUCCUGCGGCGUGUUGACUUGUGCCUGAUAUCAUGUGCGAUACAAGCGGUCCUGCGGCAUGUUUACUUGUGUGAUAUCAUGUGCAAAACAGGCGGUCCUGCGCCGUGUUUACUUGUAUGUGAUAUCAUGUGCGAUACAAGCAGUCCUACGGCGUGUGUACUUGUGUGUGAUACCAUGUGCAAUACAAGCAGUCCUGCAGCGUGAUUACUUACGUGUGAUAUCAUGUGCGAUACAAGCAGUCUUGCGGCAGGUUUACUUCUGUGUGACAUCAUGUGCGAUACAAGCGGUCCUGCGGCGUGUUGACUUGUGCCUGAUAUCAUGUGCGAUACAUGCAGUCCUGCAGCAGGUUUACUUCUGUGUGACAUCAUGUGCGAUACAAGCGGUCCUGCGGCGUGUUGACUUGUGCCUGAUAUCAUGUGCGAUACAAGUGGUCCUGCGGCGUGUUUACUUCUGUGUGAUAUCAUGUGCGAUACAAGUGUCGUGCGGCGUGUUUACUUAUUAUGUGCCAUUCAAGCGGUCCUGCGGCGUGUUUACUUGUGUCUGAUAUCAUGUGAGAUACAAGCAGUCCUGCGGCGUGAUUACUUACAUGUGAUAUCAUGUGCGAUUCAAGCGGUCCUGAGGCGUGUUUACUUCUGUGUGAUAUCAUGUGCAAUACAAGCAAUCCUACAGCAUGUUUACUUCUGUUAUAUCAUGUGCGAUACAAGCGGUCCUGCUGCAUGUUUACUUAUGUGUGAUAUAAUGUGCGAUACAAGCGGUCCUGCGGCGUGUUUACUUGAGUGUGAUAUCAUGUGCGAUACAAGUGGUCCUCCGCGUGUGUACUUGAGUGUGAUAUCAUGUGCAAUACAAGCGGUCCUGCGGCGUGUGUACUUGAGUGUGAUAUCAUGUGCGAUACAAGUGGUCCUCGGUUUUACUUGUGUGUGAUAUCACGUGCAAUAAAAGCAGUCCUGCAGCGUGUUGACUUGUGUGUGUGUGACAUCAUGUGCAAUACAAGUGACCUUUCGGCGUGUUUACUUGUGCGUGAUAUCAUGUGCGAUACAAGUGGUCCUGCAGCAGGUUUACUUCUGUGUGAUAUCAUGUGCAAUGCAAGCGGUCCUGCAGUGUGUGUACUUGAGUGUGAUAUCAUGUGCGAUACAAGCAGUCCUGCGGCGUGUUUACUUCUGUGUGAUAUCAUGUGCGAUACAAGCGGUCCUGCGGCGUGUGUACUUGAGUGUGAUAUCAUGUGCAAUACAAGCAGUCCUGCGGCAUGUGUACUUGAGUGUGAUAUCAUGUGCAAUACACGUGGUCCUCGGCGUGUUUACUUGUGUGUGAUAUCAUGUGCAAUAAAAGCAGUCCUGCAGCGUGUUGACUUGUGUGUGUGUGAUAUCAUGUGCGAUACAAGCGACCCUUUGGCGUGUUUACUUGUGCGUGAUAUCAUGUGCGAUACAAGUGGUCCUGCAGCAGGUUUACUUCUGUGUGAUAUCAUGUGCGAUACAAGCAGUCCUCCAGCGUGUUUGCUUGUGUCUGAUAUCAUGUGCGAUACAAGCAGUCCUGAGGCGUGUGUACUUGUGUGUGAUAUCAUGUGCAAUACAAGCAGUCCUGCGGCGUGAUUACUUACGUGAGAUAUCAUGUGCGAUUCAAGUGGUCCUGCGGCGUGUUCACUUCUGUGUGAUAUCAUGUGCGCUACAAGCGGUCCUGCGGCGUGUGUACUUGAGUGUGAUAUCAUGUGCGAUACAAGCAGUCGUGCGGCGUGUUUACUUGUGUGUGAUAUCAUGUGCGAUACAAGCAGUCCUGCGGCGUGUUUACUUUUGUGUGAUAUCAAGUAUCCAAGGCAUAUUGGAAAGUUCCCAGUAAAGAACGUGUCCGCAUCAUUCAACUUACAGCCUCAUGCGCUUACCUUCAUAAACGAUUGUAGCCAACAGGUGUCGCCAAAGACAAUUACCACUCCAUUUCAACUUCAAGACAGCACAAGUCCAUUCCACACGGUUAAUAGUAAACAGGUUAGUGUUUUUCUGUUCUCUCUUCCACCCGUUUCACUCGAUCCAACAUUCCACUCUACAAAAUGAUAAAAGUUUUUAUGGUUCCUGCUGAUAUCGCGUCGGAUCAUUAUUGGUCAAUAUCCGAGGGUCCAAUAUCAGUAUCGUAUCGGAAGUGGGAAAGUUGCAUCCUGCCCGUUUACCGACCUGCCACAAACGUCCACGAUACAUUUAUCCAUGAAAAUAUGGAAAAGCUGCAGAUGCUGUGUUUGACAUGUUUCACUUUCUGCUGUCUACUCAACAAACUGUUACUUUUGGUACACAAACUUACCCAUAGGCGUCAACUCUGACCGCCGGUCCGUCCCCCAAAGACGUCCGUGUGCAACAUAAACAAAAAGUACAUGUGUACUGCGAUCUGUUGUAAUGUUUUUCAAACAAUAUUUUCUAUUUAAAAGUUUGUUUUUAUAUUUAAAAAGCAUGUAAUAAGUUCAAAUGCCUUUUUUUUUUUACACUAAAUGUAUGUAUGUUUGAAUUUUGUACAUCAAAUUAUGAUGACAAUUUCAUAAAAUGUUCAUUUCAUGUCAUUUAUUUAAAGUGGGUCUUGAGUUUUGAGGCACUGAAUUUUAACAAACUAAAUUUUUUUUUUGCUUGCAAACUUAAUUAAAAUAUGCAAAAAGUUUCAUUGCAUAAAAUUUGGUGAGCAAAAUGUGUUUAAAGGUCAGUUGGUCAAAAUACAGUGUGUACAAAUGUGUUGCUUCCAAACUCAAAACCCACUUUUGAUGAAUGAAAUUAAAUUCUAAAAUUGUCAGAAUAAUUCGAUUUGCAAAAAUUAAGUUUUUAUGCAAACAAUUCUGUUACAUAUAUUCAGUGUAAAAAAAAAUUCAAGAAAAUGUUCUCAAGACUCAAACUCAAGACCCACUUCUGGUACACUAAAUACAAUUUUAUUAAAAUGUUAUUAAAUUGUCAGCAUAAUUUAAUGUAAAAAAUAUAUAUAUACAUGUUAAAAAACAGACAAAAGUUAUAUCGAUUCAGGGAAAGAAAAAUUCAGUAUUCCGCUGAAUUAAAUUAAAUCUAAAUUACUUUAAAUAAAUUGGCAGCAUAAUUCAGUUACAUAAAUUCAGUGUAAAAAAAAAAAAGUUAAGUACAGAAGUAUUUGUUGCUUCAAAACUCAGGAUCCAUUUCUGGUAAAUUAACUUGAAUUAAAUUAAAUUAAAUGUAUUUAAUUGUCAGCAAAAUUUGAUGUAAAAAAAAUGAUGUUCAAAAAACCAAACGCAAAAAAUUAAGUUACAUAAAUUCAGUGUAAAAAAAAAAAAGUUAAGUACAGAAGUAUUUGUUGCUUCAAAACUCAGGAUCCAUUUCUGGUAAAUUAACUUGAAUUAAAUUAAAUUAAAUUAAAUUUAUUUAAUUGUCAGCAAAAUUUGAUGUAAAAAAAAUGAUGUUCAAAAAACCAAACGCAAAAAAUUCAGUUACAUAAAUUCAAUGCAAAAAAAAAACCAGUACAGAAGUAUUUGUUGCUUCAAACUCAGGAUCCACUUCCAGUAAAUCAAGUUUAAUUAAAUUACAUUAAAUUAAAUGUAACUGUCAGCUGUAUUUGAUGUACGAAAAAAAAUUAUGUUUGAAAAAACAAACGCAAAAAAUUCAGUUAAAUAAAUUCAGUGUAAAAAAAAAUAAUUCAGUACAUGCAGUAAGUUAAGUUUAAUUAAACUACAUAAAAUACAUUUUAUUCUAUUUAAUUUAAUUGUCAGCGGAAUUUGAUGUAAAAAACAUUAUGUUCAAAAAACUAAAUGCAAAAAAUGUUGUUACAUAUAUUCAGUGUAAAAAAACAACAAUUCAGUACAGAAGUGUUUGUUGCUUCAAACUCAGGAUCCACUUCCGGUAAAUUAAGUUCAAUUAAAUUAAAUGUAAUUUAAUUUAAGUGUCAGCUGAAUUUUAUGUUAAAAAAAUUUUUUAAAAAAAAAAAACAAACGCAAAAAAUUCAGUUACAUAAAUUCAGUGUAAAAAAAAAAAAAAUUCAGUACAUACAGUAAAUUAAGUUUAAUUAAAUUACGUUGAAUUAAAAUAAUUUUUAUUCAAUUUAAUUUAAUUGUCAGCGGAAUUUGAGGUAAAAAACAUUAUGUUCAAAAAACCAAACGCAAAAAAUUUAGUUACAUAAAUUUGUGUAAAAAAAAAUUAAAUUCAGUACAGAAGUGUUUGUUGCUUCAAACUCAAGAUCCACUUCCGGUAAAUUAAGUUCAAUUAAAUUGAAUUAAAUUGCUACUUAAAAUUAAAUUAAAUGUAAUUUUAUUUAAUUGUCAGCUGAAUUUGAUGUAAAAAAAAAAAAAAAAAAAAUUAUGUUCAAAAAAACCAAAUGCAAAAAAUUCAGUUACAUAAAUUCCCGGGAAGAGCUGGAUGAAGUGGCUAGGGAGAGGGAAGUCUGGGCUUCCCUGCUUAGGCUGCUGCCCCCGCGACCCUACCUCGGAUAAGCGGAAGAAGAUGG